UAAAGAUUUCAUUCAGUUGACAGCUGCCGCUGGCCACACAAGUGCCACAUUCCAUCCCUUUAAAUCUACUCGUGAGAUAAAGGCAAUGCAAAAUGCGUAUUUUGUUGUCAAUAAUUAUUGGCUUGCAAAUACAAAUCUUUGCAAACGGGCAGACAUUACCAAAAGAAGUACAAAAAUGUCACUUUGGCGACUCGGAUUGUAUUGUUGAUAAAAUGAACCAAGUCAUAAAAAACUAUCCAAAGGGUAUACCCGAAAUUGGUUUGAAACCAAUCGAUAUUGUUGAUAUCAAGAAUUUGACUUUUGGCAAUGGAGAUCGAAAUCUUUCGUCGUGGAUAACACUUCAUUUCUUCAACCAUGUGAAUUACGGCUUUGAAAACACAACCAUAACGAAGGUAUCUGGAUUUAAUAAGGACCCGACCAAAAACAAACUGGAAAUUAGUGGAAGAAUACCAAAUUUAGUGCACAAGGGUACCUAUUUUGCAAAUGGACGACUUUAUUUAGUGGAAUUGAAUUGCACUGGUGAGAUGACGACCGAGUUUCAAAAUUUCACCUUCAAUUUGAAGUUCAAAGUUAUACCGGAGUAUCGAAAUAACAAGCUCUACAUACGGGUAUAUGAGUUGGUGCCUUUAGUGGCGAUCAGCAGAUGGGUGUUAUGGAUGGAGGAUUUCUUUAUUGAAAACAGUGAUCUCACUAUAGCUGUUAACCAUGUUAUCAAUAAAAAUUGGCUUGAAUUUUGGAAUGAAUUGGAACCAACUCUAUUGGAAGGAUUCGCCAGUGCCUUUAAUAAUAUUGUUGAAGAUAUUUUUAACAAAGUCUCAUACACUGAUCUUUUUUUGCCAGAUGAUUAAUGUUCAUAAGGCAGGUGCUAUGAAUUUAUUAUAAAAAUAAAUUGAUUAUACAACUGUUACGUAAACAAAAA